CUCAAAGGUUCCUCUCAUUUUUUCCCAGGUGAAUGUGCUGUUGCUGCUACACAGAGACCUGGGCAGCUCAGGUGUUCUGUGCUUAAAUCACUGAUUUUUAACUAACAAAUUCCAGGAAAAGGACCUUCAGUCAGGAGAACUGGUCGCUGCUGUUCCUUGCAUUGGAAGGGAAAUAAUGCUCCAUUCUACACUAGCCUUGUCCCUCCUGCUAAUUGCAGUCAAUUCCAACCUUGCAAUGGCAAUUAAAAAGGAGAAACGAGCACCACAGACACUGUCAAGAGGGUGGGGAGACGAAAUUACUUGGGUACAAACUUAUGAAGAAGGGCUUUAUCAAGCAAAGAAAAGUAACAAGCCCCUGAUGAUAAUUCACCAUUUGGAAGACUGUCAAUACUGCCAAGCACUGAAGAAAGCUUUUGCAGAAAAUGAAGAAAUUCAGGAAAUGGCCCAAAACAACUUCAUUAUGCUGAAUCUCAUGCAUGAAACCACAGAUAAAAACCUGUCACCUGAUGGACAAUACGUGCCUAGAAUCAUGUUUGUAGACCCAUCUCUCACGGUAAGAGCUGAUAUCACAGGAAGAUACUCCAACCGGCUUUACACUUACGAGCCGCAGGACAUGAUGUUCCUAAUAGAGAACAUGAAGAAAGCACUACGCCUCAUUCAGACAGAGCUGUAACCAGUAACAGUGAAAUGACCAUAAGCUCUACGAGGUGAAGCUGCACCUCUCUGUCUCUACUUGCAAACUGAACUUUUAUCAAGCAGAUUUGGUAUAUCAGACUUCAUAAAAAAUGUAUGUGUUCAACUUGGAGAAUAAAAAUAGACUAAAGAACCCAUUUGGAAAACAUGAGGAGAAAUAUAUCUUAUAUUAUAAUAACUUAUCUAAAUAACUUAUCUAAAUAACUGAAAAUAGUGGUUUUAAGUGCAUCAAAUUCAAGCUGUAUUUUAGCAAUCCAAUUGUGACUUUGUUAGGUCAGCUAUGACUUCUGAAGAGGAGUUACAAACAAUCUUUUUGAUGUCUGUUUGCAAUUUAUUUCAUGAGUUAAUAUCUGCAUCUUGCCUCCUCAUUUUAACUUUUAUUGCAAGCAGCUUAUUAAUUGUUAGUGUACCCCUGCUUUAUACAGUCAUUUCUCAUUAAAGGAAAGGAAAUUUUGCUGUCAAAUCAGACCACAAAGCUCAGGCUAUAAAUUUUGGAAUAGUUUACAUAGGAAAAAAAAACCAACAAACAAACAAACAAACAAACAAAACACCAACAAAAAAAACCCGAA